AUGUUACAAAUUUACAAGCAAAGGUUCUUUAGAAUUCCACUUAGAAUGCAAUGCAACCAUGUUAGCUCUUGCGAAAUUAUUUAGGAAUAAAAAUCUCUCUAGUUUCCACAGACCAGCGAAACAUAUUGCUGCUUUUCACUGUGAUAAUCGUUGUUCAAGUCAAGAUGCAAGUGCCGGGGUGCCGUACAAGACACUGCAGGUAUUAUUACAACGUGCAAACAAAACUCUUUAUAACUGGUCUGUAGUUACUUUAAUAACUACCGGCUCCAGAUAAUUACAGUACUAUAAAAACCAGUACUGAAAAUACAUAGUUCUAUUGCAGACUAGAUUUAUAGAUGAUAUUAAUUGCCGCUAUUUUUAUACCACAAUAUAGAGCUAUCUGUUUGUAGUGGCUCGCGUCUGCCGACUGAGACUAGUGUUAGUACAUGAUGCAUAAAUGUAUCAAAGUAUUAUCACAGCCAACCCAAUAGGCAUGUUAAAUAUUUGACUAAAAUAUUCAAACUUUUAAUAAACCUGUUUAAUAUGGUGAAAAUAUUUAGGUAAUACAUUUCUGCAGUGAGCCCAGGUCACACGUCUGCAUUAUAAAACGACACGAUAACUUGUAAUUAUUAUACACGCGGUGAUUGGUAAAAAAAAUUAUGUUGAUGUCCAUACUAGAACGAAAAUUGUAAAAUUAUUGUUUGACGAUAAUGAUUUUAAAAUCGCUCACCUGAAGUAUUUUUUCAGUCGGUCGAUAAUGAUAAAUUUUUUCACCAAUCAGCAUGCGUAUACAAGUUGUCAUAUUGUUAUUGUUGUAUAUAGUGUGACCGGGCCUUUACAGUCAAUUUCAGCUGACUUUUCAUCGUAAGAUUCCGAACUUCGUUCCGAACUUCACAAAUUCGUUGCCAAGUUCAAAAGUUCAUAAUGAAAUUCACAAACAGUUUUGUAAACUGGGCAUUUCAUUGGCUGGUUUGAUUUAAUAGCCAAUCAGAGGCUUUGUUUACAAACCUGUUUGUGAAUUUCAUUAUGAACUUUUGAACUUCGCAACGAAUUUACGAAGUUCGGAACGAAGUUCGGAAUCUUACGAUAAAAAGUCAGCUGAAAUUGACUGUAAUAGUUCGUCUUGGAUAGCUUCAUUGUACAAAUAAGGUUUGCUUGGUUGUCUCCUGUGCUGUGAGGCUAGUAACUCCAGACGAAGGGCCUUUGCUCGAAACAUCGAAAUUCUUCUUAUAUAUUUUGAGGUAGUUGCAUCCCCACCAAUGAAAGCUUGUUCCUGUCACAGCAGUUUAAAACCAAAAGGGCAUGCAAAGCAUGUGCUUUUCACUUCUGUAGCCAGAGUACCAUCACACUAAUUGCAGUAAUGCCUAAUGUUGUUAUAGAGUGAUGAUGUAAGGCCACCUCAUGCUGUACCUAAUGAAGCUGAUGUCGUCGUUAUAGGGGGUGGCUCGUUAGGCUCCAGCACAUUGUACCACCUAACGAAGCUAGGCUUAAAGAAUGUUGUACUGCUCGAAAAAAACCAACUUACGGCAGGCACAACGUGGCAUAGUGCUGGGCUCGUCUGGAGACUACGACCAAGUGAUGUGGACGUUGAACUGCUCGCUCACACAAGGAAAUUGUCCAAUGAUGUGUUGGAGAAUGAAACAGGUUUAUCGACCGGAUGGAUUGAAAAUGGUGGUCUGUUUAUUGCUGAUAAUAAAGAACGAUUAAAUGAAUAUCAAAGAUUAAUGACAGUAGGUUUAAUUUAUUGGAAAAAUUUUUUAUAAUCAAGGGAAAAGGUGGCAGACAGCAGCACAUUUAGUGUGCACCCCCUUACCACUCAGUUAAGCUUGUUACUGUACUACUAGUAGAUAAAGGGUAGGCUAUUUUCGUAGUUGGGUAUGGUUUGCUUGGUUGUCUCUUGUGCCAUGAGGGUCUCCAUGGUAAUACUUCAAUUUCCCUCCCUCACCAAAAACUAAACCCUUCGUCCAAGUGACAACAACACCGUGUCAUCAACAGGGUGUGUUGUUAAUUAUUUUUUGUUUUUUAGCUUGGUAAAGUUUUUGGAGUGAACUCUCAUGUUCUAUCACCCAAAGAAACAAAAGAUUUAUAUCCAUUGAUGAAUGUGGAUGAUUUAUAUGGCACAUUAUACAGUCCUGGCGAUGGUACCCUAGAUCCUGCAGGAUGGGCAACCACUUUAACCAGAGCUGCCAAGAAUGGUGGUGCACAGGUAGUCACAGAAACCACUUUUCCUUUCAGUAGCAAAAAUACAUCAGAGCUAAUCACUUCAGUGGCAGCUUGUAGAAAGCAUGACAGUGCUGUCAGCCAGAUGUUAAGUGCCGCAAAUAUGGAAGGUGCCUAAUGUAAUGGUUUUCAAAGGCCAGUUAUUAGCUUGACAAAUGACUUUUCAUGCUUGAUUGUAAGCCCCGUAUAUCUGUAGUUUAUUUAUUUAGUGUACAUGCAUUUUUUCCACUUUAUUCCACUAAGGUGUUUGAAAACUGCACAGUAACUGGAAUCACCACGGCUGUUGACGACCUUGGUGUCAAACAUGUGACGGGGGUUGACACUCCUACUGGUCAUAUCAAGACUAAGGCUGUUGUAAACUGUGCUGGAGUGUGGGCACCAUACCUCGGCGAGAUGGUUGGUGCAGCUGUACCUUUGGUUGCGAUGUACCAUUCCUACAUUGUAACAGAGAGAAUCGAAGGUAUUGAAAAAAUGCCGAAUGUUCGUGAUCAUGAUUUGUCAGUCUAUCUCAAGUUACAAGGCGAUGGCUUGUCUGUCGGGGGAUAUGAACAUAAUCCAAUAUUUUGGGACAAGGUAAACUUGCGAUUUCUUGCACAGUACUGACAGGCCUGCCAAGGUGUGGUGCAGAAAAUGAGGGAGAUUACAAUAUUUGUGAUUUUUCUGCAUUGAAGUGAGCUGACAAUAAACAUGAGCUCAAAGAAAUCUCUAGCAGGGACUAAGGGAUUGCUGUGAGUGCUUUGUUAAGAGAACCUUGAAACUAAGACUGUAUUCAGAGCACUCUUGCUCAGCUGUGCAACACAUAUCAAUUGACAUGUGUCUAGAUAAUUUGUUAGUUUUUUUCUGGUAGCACUCCCAACACUAUGUACUGCAGGUAAAACACAAAGAGUGCGGAAGAUUUCUUAUCAUUUUCUUCAUCUGGGAGGGGGAUGAUUAAUGACUCCAAAAUGUGUGAGUCUCCUGCCAAAAUAUUUGGCAGACUUGGUAGGUCUGUACUGUUGAAGAUUUAGGUCUCAUGUUCAUGAUAUAGGUGCAGGGUUAAUAAUUGAUAUGCAUGUUUUAGACUGACCUGGGAUAUCGGCAGGUACAAAACGCAGGUUGCAGGUUGGAAUUUUGCAGGUUGGGAAUUUUGCAGGUUGGAAUUUUGCAGGUUGGGUAUUUUGCAGGUUGGAAUAUUGCAGGUUGGGGAUUUUGCAGGUUGGAAUUUUGCAGGUUGCCAGGAACUUUGCAGGUUGAUAAUGCAAACUUAAAAUUACACCACUUUUUUAGUAUUCUAGUAUAACUUAGUUGCAUUUAUUGCAGUCUGACUCCUUGUCGGCGCUUUUGAUAUCAACUAAUCAGCCUACCCUGUUGCCAUGUUCCUAGCCUCUGCUCUAAGGCUAGUGGCCAUCAUCACAGUAAAACAUUCAAAAUGACCAGAUUGGCUUGAACCUACAGGGAAAUGAAUGUUUUGAUUGUGGCGAGGUGCCUACAUGACCUGGCGGCGUUUAUACUAGAAUAUUGUUAAAAGUUAACUAACUCUCGAGUAAUGAUACGGUAAUUGGGGCUUGAAUGGACUUCUCAUAAGUGGGUGCAGAAGAGAGACACCUCAUUCAGACAUUUUCUGAACUGCCACCACGUCAUGUUGGAUCCUCACAACAAUCGAAACAUCCGUCCCCCUGAAGGUCCAAGCCAAUCUGGUCAUUUUGAAUGUUUUCACAAGGGUGAUGGCCACUCCUUAGAGCAGAAGCUAGGAACAUGGUAGCAGGAUAGGCUGAUAUCAAAAGUGCCGACAAGGAGUCAGACUGCAAUCAGUACACAAUUAAAUUAUACUAGAAUACUUUAUAGUGGUGUAAUUUUAAGUUUGCAUCAUCAACCUGCAAAAUUCCUGGCGACCUGCAAAAUUCCAACCUGCAAAAUUCCCAACCUGCAAAAUUCCAACCUGCAAAAUUUCCAACCUUCAAAAUUCCCAACCUGCAAAAUUCUCAACCUGCAAAAUUCCCAACCUGCAAAAUUCCAACCUGCAACCCGCAACCUGCGUUUUGUACCUGCCGCCUGGGAUAUGGCUUUUGCAUGGGGUUUUCUGUUUGAAGGGGCCCUUGAACAUUCUGUUUUGUUGAGCAAGAUACCCAAAAUCUAGGUUUACUAAAGCAGUAUCGUGCAGCAGAUGGGGGUCAACCUGCAGUUAUCAGAAUGAGGAAAUAAUGUUCAUUCUUUUCAUUAUACAUUGUAGUGUUGUAUUUGGAGGGAAAAUAUAUAGAAUUGAGAGAUGUAGUUUAAUUUUCUCCUAGAAAUGUUUCUUUGGUUGAGCACAAUCUAUUGUGUUUUGUUACUGCAAUCAUCAAUGUGUUUAGGUGAGCAAGGACUUUGCGUUUGGUUUAUUUGACCUUGACUGGGAUGUAUUCAGUGCACAUGUCGAUGGUGCUGUGCAUCGUGUGCCAGUGAUUGGAGAGACUGGUGUCAAGUCAACUGUGUGUGGCCCAGGUACAGUAAUAACUCGCUGCUUCACCAACCAAAUGACUGACCAACCAAAUUAUAUUUUAACACCUUUGUUUCCAGAAUCGUUCACAGCAGAUCACAAACCUCUGAUGGGCGAGGUUCCAGAAUGUCGAGGCUUUUAUCUCGGAUGUGGGUUCAACUCUGCUGGUAUUAUGAUGUCAGGGGGGUGUGGGAGAGAGUUAGCUCAGUGGAUUGUUCAUGGUCAUCCCACCCUGGAUAUGUAUGGUUAUGAUAUCAGGUAAUCAGUCUUGAUUUGAAUGUGGUAAACUAGCUAGAUCAGUGUGAUCUGCCUGAUAUUUUCUGGUAAUCCAAAAUGCAGUAUUGAUAUAUACACAUAAAGUAAAUGGACGAUCUGUCAAGAUGAUCGAACUAUGCAUGCAAAUUUAUGUAUUAUGUUGAUGGAUGACCCAUCUGUUUGCCAUAUUUUCUGUGUACUCCAAAGGCAAAGUUUGUCAGGACAGAUAAUUUUUCUACUCUAAAUCAGGCCAUUCUCCCUUUUAUUAAUAAUUAAUUACUCAUUUAGCAUCUAAUGGAUUAAUAUCCUUCAUCCUUUCCAGGCGUUUCCAUUCCUCGUUAACUUCAAAUCAAAAAUGGAAUCGUGAGAGGAGUCAUGAAUCUUAUGCGAAAAAUUAUAGUAUAGUUUACCAACAUGAUGAACCUCUUGCCAGCCGCAAUAUGAGAUGCGAUCCAUUUCACAAGGCACGUCUUUUUUUCGUCGUAAAAGAUUUAUAUUUAAGAAAUGAAACUGUGUUGUUGUGACAAUGAUUGUACUCUUACUGUGUCACUGUAUCAGUCUAACAAGUUUAAUUGUUUAAAAAGCAAGUUCAAUUACUCUUGAAACACAAUUAGGGACAUUUGGAAUGCAUUCUAAAGGCCGAUUUUAUACACUACACAACUCUUGCGGCUAAACCUAUCGCAUGCUGCAUGCCACCUACUUUAUACAACUUGAGUUGUACUGUGUAAAUCAAGCACACAACUCACCUGCGGGCUACGUUGUCAUUGGUGAGUUAUAUGCUUGAUUUACACAGUACAACUCAAGUUGUAUAAAGUAGGUUGCAUGCAGCAAUUCUAGGAAAAAAGUUGAGUAUUGUAAAUCGACCUUAAUUGAACCACCUUCAGCAAUGCAAUUUGAAGGCGGUGCUAGAAACGUGUGAUAUGAAUUUUCUGUUAUUUAUUGUUAGGUUUUACUGGAUGCAGGAUGUGUUUAUCAAGAACGGCUGGGAUGGGAGAGACCUGGUUGGUUUGCACUUGACUCCAAAGCUGAGCUCAAUGAAUAUGAUUAUUAUGGAGCUUAUGAACACGAAAGAAAAAUCUCGAAAUAUGAAGAACUAUUGACGAUUGAUUACACAUUUGACUUUCCUCAGCACCAUGACAUUGUGAGUAAAAAAAGUUAGUACUCAAUAACUUUAUUUAUACUGGGCAGCUGUAUUUGGUUAAACUAUGUCUGAAUUUCUCCCUGGAGGUCUAGUAAGGAUAAUCUCUUAUUGUCUUUAUUGAUCUAGUGUUUACCACAGGAGGAAACCUAAACUAAACUAACUUUGUUUAUACUGGAUAACUUUAUCAGUUCUAAAUCGUUCUUCCUUGAGGUCCAGUAACGGUCAUCUCUGAUAAAUCAUUCAUUUCUUGUCAGAUCGGUAAAGAAUGUGAAACAUGUCGAACGAAGGUCGCUGCAUUCAAUAUGUCGUAUUUUGGAAAAUUUUAUAUCAGUGGACCUGACGCACAGAAAGCAGUUGAUUGGAUAUUUUCAAAUAACAUGCAAAAACCUCCAGGUACGGUUGAGCAUAGGGGUUGAGCAACGACCUCGUUUAGCGCGUGCUUUCUUCUGUUAGAAUUCUUUGUUUUGACGUCAUUAGCCCCACCCCGCAAGAAACAUAGAAAUACGUUUUCCUCUUUUUCAAACUUCCUCUAGGUUCAACAACCUACACAUGCAUGUUGAACAAAGAUGGCGGCGUCCAGGCUGAUGUUACAGUUUCUGUUCUGGAAGAUGAAGGUUCUCACGAUGCCUUGUCACCAAGCAGUGAUGGUAAGAUGAGAGAAAGUGAUGGUAUGAUGGUGGUGGUAAUGGUGUUGAUGAUGAUGGUGGUAAUGGUGUUGAUGAUGAUGGUGGUAAUGAUGAUGAUGGUGAUGGUAAUGGUGAUGAUGAUGAUGAUGAUGGUGGUAAUGGUGUUGAUGAUGAUGGUGGUAAUGAUGAUGAUGGUAAUGGUGGUGAUGAUGAUGGUAAUGAUGGUGGUAAUGGUGUUGAUGAUGAUGAUGAUGAUGGUAAUGGUGAUG